AUGUCAUCACAGAGUAGUGUUCAAGAGUCUGGUGCUACAGCGGACCCUAGCAGGGCUAUGAAAGGUCCGAUCUGUCAAGCAUCCCAUGAGCAUGAUUGGUACGACGUUCUUCUCCUCAACAGGAUAGUCUCCUCGGCACUGGCCACCUACAUUUUCCUCUUACCCUUGUCGCUCUUCGAACGCAUUAAUAACGUUCGGUGGAUCAGCUUCUCCGGGGUCUUGUCUGUUAUUUUCCUCGCUGUUUGUAUCGUCUAUUUGCUCAUCAAGCAUGGUGUCUUCUCCAGCCCUGUGAACACCGUUCCGACGUACCUCUGGCCCAGUAGAGGCCUCACAGGCGUGAUCAGUGCGGCAUCAGCCUAUAUCUUCGCCUAUGUCUGCCAAGUGAAUGUUCCCCACAUAUACUGCGAGAUGGACCCCUCCAAUGAGAAGCACCUCCGCCACAUCUCUUUCGCGUCGGUCGUUCUUUGCUUCGUGGUGUAUGUCGCCGUUGGAACUUGUGGGUUUUUGACAUACGGGAGCAUCACGAAAGCGAGUGUCGUCCAGAGCAUACGAGAGGACUUUCUUCACGGCAACAGCUUCGUCACUGUUGCUUUCAUCCUCAUGGGUAUUGCAGUAUUGGCUGCAUCCCCCCUCAAUAUCUACCCCUUAAGGGCAGCUAUGAUUGAUACCAUCAAGGGCAUCCCUGGUCGUACCAAACUUAAUCGAUAG